AUGGUGAAUGUUGCAGUCGCGGGUGGUACAGGUGGCGUAGGAAGAGCCAUUGUAGAGGUACUUCUUACCUCAGGUCAUGAGGCAUUUAUUUUCUCUCGCAGACAGCCUGCACAAGUUGCUAAUACUAUCGCCGUCGAUUAUAAUGACAUUGAACAGCUCAAUUCAGCGCUUCAGAACAAUCAGAUACAUACCGUCAUAUCUGCAUUUGCAGUCAAGGGCGAUUCGCUUUCAGUUUCUCAAAUGAACCUGAUCAAAGCUGCCGCCAAAUCAAAUACAACGAAGCGAUUUAUCCCGUCGGGAGUGGAUUUUCUAUUCCUUAUCCUUCAAGGGUGCUCUCAAUGUUCUUCCACAACUCGAAGACUACUUCCAGGCAAUGGAAGAGCUUCGAAAUAUGGCCUUGAAUGGACCGUGUUUCACACCGGCAUCUUUCUAGACUACUUUGGCGGGUCUUCCUUGAAAUCAUAUUUGCAGCCGAACGUAUUUGUGGUUGAUAUUCAGAACAAAGUCGCUGGUAUUCCAGGAGAUGGUGAUGCACUUGUUACUUUCACCUACACAUUUGACCUGGUCAGGUUUGUGGUAGCAUCACUGGAUCUGGAGAAGUGGGAUGAAGAGAGUCGUGUCGUGGGAGAUGAGAUGAGCUGGAAUGACUUUGUAGGACUUGCUGAGGAAACUCGGGGCUCCAAGUUCGAGGUACACUACGAUAGUGUGGACAAGCUCAAGCGCUUCGAGAUCACCGAGUUACCAGGUCAUAUGCCAUUAUAUGAUAAUUUCCCCAGAAAGAACUUCCCAGUGGUUCAUGUCAAUUUUUGA